AUGGCUGUGAACCUAAGCCGCAAUGGGCCGGCGCUGCUGGAGGCCUACGAGAGAGUGGUCAACGAGAAGUCCUCAACCGACUGGGCCCUCUUUACUUAUGAAGGAAACAGCAAUGACAUCCGCGUGGCUGGCACUGGGGAGGGGGGCCUGGAGGAGAUGGUGGAGGAGCUCAACAGUGGGAAGGUGAUGUACGCCUUCUGCAGGGUCAAGGACCCCAACUCCGGCCUGCCCAAGUUUGUCCUCAUCAACUGGACCGGUGAGGGUGUGAAUGAUGUGCGGAAGGGAGCAUGCGCCAACCACGUCAGCACCAUGGCCGGCUUCUUGAAGGGGGCCCAUGUGACCAUCAAUGCCAGGGCCGAGGAGGACGUGGAGCCCGAGUGCAUCAUGCAGAAGGUGGCCAGGGCCUCAGGUGCUAACUACGCCUUCCACAAGGAGAGGAGCCGCUUCCAGGACACGGGCCCCCAGGCUCCAGUGGGCUCAGUGUACCAGAAGACCAAUGCUGUGUCUGAGAUCAAAAGGAUUGGCAAAGACAGCUUCUGGGCCAAAGCAGAGAAGGAGGAGGAGAACCGCAGGCUAGAGGAAAAGCGGCGAGCGGAGGAGGAGCGGCAGCAGCUGGAACAGGAGCGCCGGGAGCGGGAGCUGCGCGAGGCUGCCCUCCGGGAGCAGCGCUAUCAGGAGCAGGGAGGCGAGGCUGGCCUCCAGAGCAGGAAGUAUGAACAGCAUGAGGUGGUUUCAAGGAACAGAGAGGAGCAGCCAGCACACCCACGGGAGAUUUUCAAGCAGAAGGAGAGGGCCAUGUCUACCACAUCCAUCUCCAGCCCCCAGCCAGGCAAGCUGAGGAGCCCCUUCCUGCAGAAGCAACUCACUCAACCAGAUACCCCCCUCAGCAGAGAGUCAGCUCAUGCCACCUCAAGGCCCAGGGCAGGCAAGGCUGUUGGCUGCCCCGUGGAGGGUUGUGGGUGGGAGGGAGACGUGGAAGAGGAGGCUGUGUACGAGGAACCCCCAGAGCAGGAGACUGUCUAUGAGGAGCCUCCGAUGGUGCAGCAGCAAGAAGCCGGCUCGGAGCCCGUUGAACACUCCCGCGGGCUGAGUGGGAAGGGGCUCUGUGCCCGGGCCCUAUAUGACUACCAGGCAGCCGACGAGACCGAGAUCUCCUUUGACCCUGAGAACCUCAUCACCGGCAUUGAGGUGAUUGACGAAGGCUGGUGGCGUGGCUAUGGGCCAGAUGGCCACUUUGGCAUGUUUCCCGCCAACUAUGUGGAGCUCAUUGAGUAA